AGUUGAAUCAUCAUAGGGGUGACAGUAAAUGCUGCCUGAAAAACUUUUGGGAGACAGUCCCUUCAGUAUAAGGAGCUAGCAUGUGAUGGCUGGUGCAGAAAUACUGCUGGUUUAUGGAAACUGGAAGCCUUAAAAUUGGUACCAUAAGUUCUUGCUGCUCCGCUGAAUAUCUGAUAUGAUAAAUAGGUUGGUUAAUGAGUUUUAAUAUACCAGUGUGAUAUCCUCGGGAUGGAUGAAUAAUAUCUCAGAGUGAGAGACACAAUGACUAAGAAGGACUUUGGUUUCUCCUACACAUACAAUUUUGCUUAUGUUACCCUUCUGUUUUUCUUGCAGCUAAAGUUUAGAACUCUCAGGGUGAAAUAUGGGAAAUUAUGUUCCCUAAGAGAAGAUGAAAAAGAUACUUCAUGCAUGGAGUCUGCAAGGAAGGAGACAACUGCCGCUACUCCCAUGACCUCUCCACCAGUCAGUCUGCCAUGGUGUGCAGGUAUUACCAGCGAGGAUGCUGUGCUUAUGGAGAUCAUUGCAGAUAUGAACAUACCAAGCCACUAAUACAGGAAGAAGUGACUGAUGUUAACCCAGAGGCAGAAAUCUAUCCAUCAGUGUCCUCAGAGUUCGCAUCGCUCCCUGAAACAGUUGAAGAAUUUAUUGCUGAGAUAGAAGAUGAAAAUACAGAUCUGGCAGCGACAGGAGUAGGGGCUGAAGACUGGGUGAAUGCAGUGGAGUUUGUCCCUGGGCAGCCAUACUGUGGACGUGGUCCCCUUCAGGUCCUGGAAGGUUGCAGUAAGGUCACCCCGGAGCCUUCUCUUCUCCAGGCCGAACAACCCCAGCUCUCUGAGCCUUUCCUCAUAGGGGAGGUGUUCCAUCCCUCUAACCAUCUUCAUGGUCCUCAACUAGCUGCUCCUUUCUGUGCUGAAGCACCCUUGCAGGAAAUGGUGAUUGAAGAAGAAUACGAGAAGCAGCAGGCAGAUGUGGAGAUGAAGAAGGAGCUGUGCCCCUACGCUGCAUUAGGAGAAUGUCGUUAUGGAGAAAACUGCGUGUAUAUCCAUGGGGACGUGUGUGAUAUGUGUGGCCUGCAGGUCUUGCAUCCCAUUGAUGCUGCACAGAGAUCUCAGCACAUAAAGUCUUGCAUUGAAGCUCAUGAGAAGGACAUGGAGCUUUCCUUUGCCGUCCAGCGUAGUAAAGACAUGGUGUGCGGGAUCUGCAUGGAGGUGGUGUAUGAGAAAGCUAAUCCUAGCGAGCGCCGCUUUGGGAUCCUGUCCAACUGCAGCCACACUUACUGUCUCAAGUGCAUCCGCAAGUGGAGGAGUGCUAAACAAUUUGAGAGCAAGAUUAUAAAGUCCUGCCCAGAAUGUCGGAUCACGUCUAACUUUGUCAUUCCAAGUGAGUACUGGGUGGAGGAGAAGGAAGAGAAGCAGAAACUCAUUCAGAAAUACAAGGAGGCAAUGAGCAACAAGCCAUGCAGGUAUUUUGAUGAAGGCCGUGGGAGCUGUCCAUUUGGAGGGAACUGUUUUUACAAGCAUGAAUAUCCUGAUGGCCGCCAAGAGGAGCCACAAAGACCCAAAGUAGGAACCUCAAGUAGAUACCGGGCCCAGCGGAGGAAUCGGUUCUGGGAUUUCAUCGAGGAGCGAGAGAACGGUGAUCCCUUUGAAACCGACGAGGAUGAGGUGGUGACCUUUGAGCUUGGUGAGAUGUUGCUUAUGCUGUUGGCAGCCGGAGGUGAUGAUGAGCUAACGGAUUCUGAGGACGAGUGGGACUUAUUUCAUGAUGAGCUGGAAGAUUAUUAUGAUUUGGAUCUAUAGCACCUGUCUGUGGAGUGUGGACUGUUGUCUUGGCUUCAGGCAGUAGCUAUUACCUGUGGUGUUGUGGCAGUGCCUGUGUUUCUCCUAGGCAGGCCGAUCAAUUCCAGGUGCUGUUGUAAUAACUUUUACCCAGGGUCUGUCUCUUCCCUUCCCCUCCUUUCCCACCCCAGGAGUGUUGUUUUUCCUCUGUUUCAACAAAUAACAAUAAAUAAAUCUUUAAAAUGUUAGUUUUUGUAAAAAUAAAUUUAACUGUCAAACAGUUAGCUUAGGUUUGUUGCUUCAUCUGUGUACCCAACAGAGUUCACCCAGUUCCAGGGUUAAAGUGUUUACAGGACUUCCACACUCAUUUUGAGAGCCCAGAUACAAAAAUGAGCAGUGGCCAUGCAGUGGGGAUGUAAAUUGGCUGAUGGCCUUUAUUCUGUCUUUGUACCAAUAUUUCUGAUUUCAGGCCAGAUACAAAUAUUCUUUCUGGAAUCAGCUCCGUUCCAGCCCCCUCAUGUACACGUCUUCAUUUGUGACUUUUGGUCUCUGUUUACUUGCACAUUACUAUUACUACUGUGUAACCAGAACCAGGUGUGAACGUUCUGGAUUUUUACUGUGUUUAGCAUGAAAGGAAAAUGUCUUUGUGAAAGGAGAACUCUCUAUGUGUAUAUACAGAUAAAUGUAGAGUUGGACCUCAAGGAUGGGGAGACUCUGUGUAAGUUAAAAAUAACAAAACCAUCUUUCACCCCCUCUUGGUGCAUGAAGUCUUGUCUCCAAUUGGACGUGAAACUGGUCUAAUGGUCUCAGCCCAGACUGGGAAACGAUCCUGACUAUGGUUAACUUGAUAGAUGGCACUCCCUAAUACACCAGCUCUCUUUCAUGUGUAUGAUUAGGGUUGUCCAGGAGCAGAAAUCCGGUUAGCCAAGGUGGGGUCAGAGGAACACCAGAGAGGACCCUUUAGCUUUAUCGCUCUGUAAGUUUUAGAACUUCAUGUAAACACUUAAGCCGUGAGCUUUGCUAGAAACUCGCUGUGCCUCCCAGCUGCUUUGAGGUACUUGUGCCUCUCUGCAGCCGAGUUGGGCAGGUUGCCUGGUAAAGCUGUUCAGUUUAUGUGAGUUACUGCUUACAAAGGCAGUUGUGCAGUUUCUGGCUGUAAUUUGCAUUGAGAAAUUACUUUGCCACCAAAGCCCCAGCACAGGAAUUUUAACCUUGCAUUACAUUAUUGCUGUUUUUUAUUGACUUGUGGAUGCCCCGUGAUCUGUUCUCCUGCUGCUCUUGUCCCCUAGACUGCCUCUCCUUUCACUUUUAAAUGGAAUGAGAAAUUGUUCUGAGGUCUAUAACGUAUUGUUUUGCAGCUGCCUUUUGUAAGAAGCACUUUUCCCAAAUAAAAAAAGUAAAAAAAAAAUUAAUCAAGAA